UUCGCCAUCUAGAUUGUACUUUGAGUCUUUGUAAUUGUACUUUGUAAUUGCAGAAGAUCGAAUCUGCGCUGCCAUUUUCGCGGUGACGACGUCAUUGUCUGUCCCAGAGCAAAUUUUGACCAGCACUCAGUCACCAUGGAAACAUUGUGACUGGGUAGUUUAUACUAUUGCGCUUUUCUUUCUGAGGGAGCAUCGGGGUGAGCAUCCUUCUUGACGCUGGGAACCUUUCGGGACGUUGUCCAUCAGAAUGGCAAAUUGAGCGGCCACGCGUGUUCGUCGUUUGCUUUCCCGCACCAGUGGCGGAAAGUUGACAUAAAACUUAGACGGCUAAAAUCCUUGCUGAAGUAAGCAACAGCGAAGCAUAGCAAAGGGUAGAGGACCUCAGAUAUCCUCUGCAGCGACUGAAGCUCUCUGGAACGAGAUGCACUUUGUCUUCUCCCUGAGUCCAAUUACAACAUAAGCUCCAUAUUCGGCAGACCUAAGUAUGGCAGUUCAGAUCAUCCUCAACAAGCGUCGCAAGGCAAAGGAGGCGGAAGAGCUUGGCAAGAAGCCCCAGAAGGUAGCGUUCAACAACCCCGCUUUCCAGCCCUCUCAAGCAAAGGCGAAAGAGCGCAAACAGAAGGCACGUUUCGCUGAUGCGCCGGAUGGGGCCACGUAUGGCAAAGUGGGGUUGGAGGACGGCAUGAGCGUUGUGAACGAGCACGACAGGACGGUGGUGCGGCGGCUGUACGAGACGGUCAAAGAGACCAAGUCGCGCAAGACAGACUACUGCAACCUGUUUGCAUUCCUUAUCUUCACGGCGCUCUAUUGCACCGUGCUGUACCUCCAAUUCAACGUGGCGGAGCUGUACAAGCUGGUCACCUCCCAGCAGGCCCUGCUGCCUGGUGAUGGGGGCGACAGAGUGACCACGUUCGGAAACGCGAACGACGUCUAUGAUUACAUCAACAACACCUUCAUCCAGACCGUUUGGGCCGACCCUAUAUGCGGGGACGGCGUCUGUGACCGGCCCGUGGAGUUCAGCGGCUUUGGCCGCUUCGGCUGCUCUAUUGACUGCGGCGAUAUGGACACAGAAGACGUGUCAUUCCAGUUCACGACGACGUUUGGAUCCCCUGAUGAUCUGGCGAUUUCCGACUGGAACGUUUGCGAGAUCGAGCCUGAUCGCCUCUGCUGGUUUGAGACGAAUCAGCCCUUUCAGGCCCAGACCGGCUUCUUCGAGACGACGCUGGCUCUGCCUAACGGGACCUGGGAGCUCCGAAUCACCGCUCCCAACGGCGGAGUGUCCGGCGCAGCAACCAUCAGCGUCUCAGGGGCAUCCACCGAGAAGUAUGUCCAGGAGACUUUGACGCGCUUCGGCUCCUGCGUGCCGGAAGACCAAUCGGCGCUUACGCUGUGCCGCAGGCAAUGCGCGGUGAACGCCAAGUGCAUCGUCGACGCGUGCAGCAGCAUCCCGGCAGAACGCCUGACGGACGUCCUCGUCGACUGCUUCACGCUGUGCAACUCCAACUUCACCUCAAUGCAGCCGUACACGAACCUCAAUUGCGUCCAGGUGGGGCAGCUGGCCAACUCGUCAGACGAUACCGUAUCCUUCUUGGCGACCACCGGCCGCAAGUGCAUCCUCAAUCCGGCGUACCUUGCUGCGAACCCCAGCCAAGCCGCGUCGCUCGCACGUGGAACCCCGGCUCCGACGGGAGGUCAGCUCAACACGAGCGGACUCACCGUUACCGCAGUACCACCCGGUCGUAGACGCCUGUCUCAGCUAGCGGACAAUCCCUACCUCCCAGCGAACGGAAACGCCACCACGCUUUACUGGAACCAGUUUGGGACGACCGACCAGCAGCGUUACUCAAACCUGGCAACGGCGAUUGCGCGGUCGAUCGACACGUGGACAGCGGACUCGUGCAUCACCAAGUACACCAUCUCGUCGAGCCGGCAGGGGCCACGUAUGCUGGGCUUCUUCUGCGCGUACUUUGGCGGGCCUGCAACGUUCCCGGGCUGCGGUAUUCUGGACCCUACGACCAACACGACGCUCGACUCUAGCAACCCUGCGGCGCUGCAGGCUUUCCUUGCGCGUCGCUACGGGCCCGGCAACACCGGGAACUACAGCAUCAGUGCACAGGAGCAGGACACCUUCAUCGCAAUCCUGCUGAAUGCGUUGGACUCGGUGAUUGCUACCGGCCUCAGCGAGAGCAAUUACCUGGCCACCGAAGACCUCUUGCACGCGACAGACACGGCAGUGGUCGUCGAUCCGGGCAACAACUGCAACCGCCCCAACGUCGCUUUGGAGUGGAAGCUGAACGUGCACUACUCGACGAACGUGUCUGUGGGAGACUCCAUCCAGUUCAUCUGGGCCGACGACUUGCCCCACGCGCUGAGAGGUGAAGGGUUGGAUGACCUGCAAGACGUCUUCCGUGGGGUGGGAGCCAACCGCCGGUUCGUAGCAAGGGGGACUGUCUGCACCCCACAAAACAUUGGGGAUCUCGAAAACGGCUCCUUUACCGGAGACCCGACUCCAUGCGUCCUGGGCCGAACGAGAGGGGGCAAUUCGGAUGCUGGCGGUACGUUCACGUCGACUACGCUGUUCCGUAACCCGGGCAUCUACGCGUACAGAGACGCCAAGUACGGCAACCUGAUGACGGGCACCGUCUACGUCUCUCGCGGCAGUGGAACAGCUCCGUCAAGUGCCACUUUACCUCAAGAGGAUUUGGAGUGCUCCCCCGGGUGCCCCAUCCGCUUGUUGAACAACGGGCGGUGCGACGCGAGCUUCAACUGCCUGACAUCCGAGUGCAGUUUCGACGGAGGGGAUUGCUCCUGUCCCGAUCCUGCCAACAUUAUCUCGUCGGCAAACACGGUGUCCAUCAACUCGGACGCGUUCUGCCAGUGUCCUGCCGGCCAGACAAAGGGACCAAACGCAGCGUGCUGUCAGGCGGAGUUCAUCGGUGUGAACAAGAAGUACCCAUUCAACGUCAUCAUCCAGAGCAGCUCGGAGGGUGUUGGGGCCAUUGCAAACUACGACAGAGAGCGCUUUGCUACAAAUCACAACCGCGUUCUCGGAGGCCUUCUCAUUCACCAGACGCGCUACCGAGGUUCUCCUUGCACGAGCAAACGGUUCCUCAACCUUUUCCAAUCAUGCGGAAGCGGGACCUCCACUGAACCGUAUGGAGUCGACCCGGUCUUUGUCCCCGCCUCCCCUCUGUACAACAUCGAUGUCCAACCAAGAGUCAGCCAGUUCUACGCCCCUGACGAGCAAAACCUUCGGGGCACACCGCGGGGUUUCUUCCCCGCCGAAGUGGCGGGACUCUCAUCGGGAUUCCCGAUCGUCAUUGAUGUCGAUCUCGACCAAGGGGGUGCUUCGGACCGGCUUCAGUACCUGGUAGAUGGACUGUUUCUUGAUAAUGCAACCGAGACGCUGACGUUGCGGCUCCCCACAUACAACGGUUUCGACAACAUGUUCAUCUUCUUUGAGCUCAGAAUGGCGUUCCUAACUGCGGGGAAGAUAUCGAUCAAGCAGUCCACUUUCGCAAUUGACCUACAAGCCUACCUGACCCCGAAAUCCUAUGCGAGAGCAGCACUUGAGAUCCUCCUCACUUUUGGCAUCCUCUUUGCCACCUACUCCGAGAUCAAAGACAUGGUAGCCAUAAAACGGAAAACCGGAUCGUUCCUCCGUCACUUCAACUCCUUCUGGAAUUACAUAGACGCAAUCUCAAUCGCGUUGCUACUGACGGCGUUGGUGAUGAGGAUCAUAUUCAUAUUUGGGCUAACGCCCGGGUUCAAAGCGCAAGUGAGCUACGACAUCUACGAGGACCUAAAUGCAGAGGCCCGCUUCUUCCAGUUGAAAACGGACGGCUCCGAGCUUGGCGACUUCGCGUACAUGCUGAACAGACUCAAGGCUUUGACCACCUACCGAGCGGCUUACAUCAGCAUUAACGGUAUCAACAUCUUCUUCAUGAUCUUGCGCCUUCUGAAGCUCUUGGACUUCCAGCCCCGUAUGGGUGUCCUCACUCGUACGCUUGCGGAGGCGGGCCCGGACCUUCUCAACUUCUUCGUGCUCUGGGGCCUCAUUUUCAUUGGGUACUCCUUCAUGGGACAUAUCAUUGUCGGAAGUUCAGUGGAGUAUUUCCGGACGUUGGGAUUCUCAAUGGCGACGUGUUUUGCCAUCAUCCUAGGGGAUACUCAAGCGCAAUCCAACUUCCUAGCACUUGACGGCUGGCAGUUUUGGGCCUCACAACUGUUCUUCUGGUCCUUCAAUAUCUUCAUGGUGAUGGUUGUGAUGAACUUCUUGGUUGCCAUUGCUGUUGAUGCAUUCGCCGAUGUAAAGGAACGAACGGAAACAGCUCCUACCAUUGUGGAAGAAGUGGUGGAGUUUGGUAAGUACGAGAUCGAGAGGCCGUUCAAGCGCCAGCUAUCGGAUGCCAAGGUGAUGAAGCAGCUGAAAGCCUGGGGUGCGAAGAAGAGGAAGGUUGUCGAGGACGGCAACCGAUCCAAGGGAUCGGACUUUGAAUCCACCGGAGAAGAUGGUGAACUGAGCGAAAGGCUGGUUCUAACCCUCGAUGGACGGCAGCUUGACUUGGACGCCCUACAAGAGAUCUUUGAACGGCGGCGCAUGGAGGCCGACGACGUCGGAUCGCAUGAUCCUCAGAGGUUGGCGAGACAGAUACUUGCGAUGUACGGUAAACAUGUCACAGAGAGGGCUUCGAAGUCAAAGAAACCCGUCAAGAAGAACAAGGAGUUGCACGAGGUCAAGAGCGGCAUGUCCAAGAUGGAGAGGCGACUGAUAGACAGCGAGGCGAGGAUUGAGGGCAUGUGCACGACCGUCAUUGGAGCCUUGGUCAAGAGCGGCAUGCUCUCGGAAACUGACCUAUACAAUGCUGAGGCUCAAGGCUCUCCAGAGGAUAUGGACGGCGAUGACGACACGGGAACGGAGGAUUGAGAGAGAGACUCCGCAGGACGAACAUGCUAGAGAAUGGGCGGCUGCAAUCAGGAGAUGCAACUUCGUGGAUCUUCUUUGGAAUCUGCAUCUUUGGUGGUGGUUCAGGGUAUGUCGAGCAAGUAGUGCAGGCUUUCAGGUAUCUUUCUGCAAACUCGUUAGGGUCAUUUAGGCCGGCCAUUAAGUGGAAUAAGGGUCAAUAUUUAAUGCAGGCCAAAGACAGAUAGAGUCUUAUAAGGUGAGGUUUUAUUUAAGCGAGGCAUAUUUCACAAUGAAAAACCUGGCGGGUGAUGUUGAUGAUUGGCCUAGAAUAUACUGGUUAGAAGGUCAGUCGCAGUGCUUGUUGGUUGAAAGUACCAACGCUUGUUGGUUGAAACAACUAGUUAGUUUUAGGAAGUUGAUUAAAGCAUGCGUCAAUUUGAGCUGGUUAAACUUAGUUGGGCUUUGGCGAGAACCAUGUACUCACAUCGUUGCUUGCUUAGUAGCUAGAUAGAAGUAAGAGUUGUCUGGUGUUGCACGAGCUGAUCAUCUCAAUCUGCAGGCUCUCUUGUCAAGUUUCAAGACUUUAUUUGAUUGGGCACAAGAGCUUGGAUGCCACACGAACAUGGG